AUGGCGGACGAAGCGAACCAAUCAAAGGAAGAAGCAGCAGCAUCAGACAUUGACUCGAACAAAAGUGAAGAGGAAGAAGCCGAUGAUAAAGAGCUGAAUGCAUCCAAUAGCAACAAGUUUGACAAUAUUCCAAAAGCACCAACAAGACAAAAUUCGGAACGCGAUGCCAAGGAUCGAGCCCGGCUCUCUCAUCAACCUGCAAUCGCACCAGGUGCUGUGCUCGUUCGGGAUGGUGGUAAUACUGAUCGUGAGUCUCGAAAGAUGGAACGGCACUCUACCUCGACAAACAAGACUAAGGACGACAACAAGCAACAACCAGGAGCUGUUCAAGUUUCGGCAACGUCUUCUCGUCAAACUGGUUCCAAGUCGGUUGCGGUUGCCCCAGGAUCCGUAAUGGAAAGAGGACAAUCGGAAGAUCCGCGAAUCGCUAGAAAAUCAGCUCAAGCUUCCACUGCAUCCUCUGGCCGUUCGUCUGUUUCUACUAACGGCAGAUCUUCUGUAACAGAAUCAAGCACCGACGAUUCACGGGUGCAGCGAAAAAUUAUGAGAAAUUCGGUAACCCCUUCGGUCGCUGGUAGCGUAACGAGUACCGCUUCGGACGAUUUACGAGUCACGAGAAAGACGGCAAGAGGAUCGGUACAACCGUCUGCUGCACCUCCACUUCCAACCCCUUAUGAAGAGGUAGGUAUGAGAGAAAUGAGCGGCGGAUCGGCGUCCCGUAAUCGAGAACAAGCCUCGGAUCGACAACUUCACAGAGAGCUUUCGGCACAAUUGGUUACCGACGAGCAUACCUUGGUUUCUGAAGAACAAAAGCAACGAGUGCGUAGGGAAGCGGAGGCCGAAGUCCAACAGCAGUUCAUCAGCGGGGCUGUAAUUGGAGAAGCUACUAUAAUCGAGGAUGACGAUGAGGAGGCAAAUCUCAGGACCAGACGAAGACAGUGUAUCGUUUUUUUGACUCUUUCUUUCUUGAUACUUGUAAUUGUUUUAUCAGUGGUUUUGACUAGAAGUGGCGAUGAUGCCCCCAUUGUUCCCAUCAACAACAUUUGCAGGGAUGCCUUUGGACCAGUGACGAAUUUUACGGGCGGGUCAAUUGAAGGUGUUAUUCUAGCAUUUGAAGAGACGGAUGUCGUUGGUUGUCAGAUCGAAGCCGACGACGGAUUUGGCCUGUGGUACUAUUUGGAGGGAAAUGGAGAACGUAUUAGUGCGAGUACCUGUGACACUUCCAACUUGGAUCCUCAGAUGGACACCCAGGUUCUGGUUUUUGAGGGUUCAUGUGACAAUCUCAUUUGUAUCGGUGGUGGGGAUCAGCUCUGUGACAACCAUGGCGCUGUUGGAUGGCUAGCCGAAGAAGGCAAGCGUUAUUUUGUCCUAGUUCGAGGUUUCCGGGCGUCACUUGGUCGGUUUUCGUUAUCUAUUGACAAAUUGACCAACCAUGAAAACUGCAAGGCUGCAGAUGCCAUUGAAACGGCUGAUAGUCCAGUAUUUGGAUCCACCAGAAAUCAAUCGCUCGACGAAAGCUCCACUACUUGCGAUGGAAAUUCUUCCAUUUCUCCUGCUUCAUGGUAUCAGAUCGAGGGUGACGGAGCGUACAAAUGUGCCCGUGCUAGCACCGAUGAUCCUGUAAGCGUGGAAUACGCGGUUCAGCUCUCCGUUUAUUCGGGGAUUUGUAGUGAUCUAAGUUGUGUUUCGAGUUCAUCCAAAAGCGAUGAUCCAUGGUCAGGGCGUACCGAGGAUGUAGUGUGGAGGGCAGACCUCGGUGCCGAUUAUCACCUUGCCUUGAAUGGUGUCAAACCAGAUUCUACUGGAGACUUUCUCUUGGAAAUCGUUACAACGCCAAGUAACGUCGUGUGUGAAGAGUCGGUUCCCAUUCGCAUUGAUGGUACAGAAGUCUUUGGAACCACAGCCAAUAGCUGUCGUGUUGUCCCAAUCCAAUGUCCCAAGAUUAUCGGCUCCGGCGACUCCAGUGGGAUAUGGUACGUUGUUGGGAGAGCUGGAAGCAAUCUAGUUUCUACUUCUGUGGAGUUUGAUGUCGAAACAACCUGCGUGUCUGGCCGAGGGGCAAAAGCCCAGGUCUCAGUUUUCGCUUCCAAGUCCAAUGGUUGUGAUGAUUUGGAGUGCGUCGACUUUACCGAGUUUUGUGACGCUGAGAGCAAAGCAACCAUCAGUCAGUGGCUCUCCGAUGCAAAUGUCGAGUAUUAUUUGUUCGUUCAGACGUCCGAACCGAGUGAUUUCCGUUUGCAGAUAAGUGAGACCAUACUCGAAGGACCAGACACCUGCGGUCGUGCCAUUCCCAUUCCAGUUGGAGGGUCUGUUUUGGGUUCCACGCUGAAUGCAACCUCUGGUGACUUGACGCAAUGUGGCGACGUUGCCUCUGUCAUAUCAUCACCAUCUGUUUUUUUCACCGUGGACGGAACAGGCCGCAAUCUAACGGCAUCUACUUGCAACCAUGGGACCAAUUACUUGUCUGGUGUGUCCAUCCUCACUGGAAGUUGCGAGUCGUUGACGUGUGUCGACUACACGUCGGUUAGCUGUGACGGUGUGCGAUCUCUUUCUUAUUGGCCUUCUGUGCUUGGCGAGACAUACUACGUGGUAGUCCAUGGUAGCGAGGCUGACGAUGCUGCUGGUAGAUUCAAUUUGACCAUUGAGGAAGGUGGCAUUGAAGUGGAGAAUGACUUUUGUACUACAGCGCAAAUCGUAUCCUUCCCUUCGUUGGUGAACGGUACUACUGUUGGCGCUAGAUUUGAUGGGAGUAGUCAGUGUGAUAUUGGUGAGGGCACUAGACAAUCACCAGGAGUCUGGUAUUCGGGGAUGGUUCAAGAGGACUCCCUACUCAUUGCGUCGCUCUGUAAUCAAGGCACCAGUAACUUUGACACAGUGCUUCAAGUGUUCUCGGGAUCCUGCGACUCCUUGAAUUGUAUUGCUUCGAACGAUGACUAUGAGCAAGUUUGCGGGCGUCGCAGUCUUGUAUCUUGGAACGCCACGGCUGGAGAACUUUACCACAUUUUAGUGACAGGAUUCGCGGAGAACGAUGUCGGAGAUAUUCAAUUGCAACUCGCCAUUUCCGAUGAUUUGCAGCUUCAAAUUUUAGACUGA